GGUCUAUUUUUAAACAUCCUGACAAAGCAACAACAUUGGCUUAACCAAGUGUUUUAGGAUGGCAACAUCUGGUUGUUUGACCAAUUGGAACAGGUGGAAAAGUUUUGGAAAAGAAAUAUCUUAUAAAUAAAUAUCUUGCUCAAAGUCACAGUGCCAACAAUGGAGCUACUAAUUAGCUCAUCCAUUUCUGCGUCAUACCUUCCAGAUCUUGCUUUAAGACUGUGGUUUUAUAGACUACAUAUUUAACCUCUACUUUCACUCCUGAUAGCAUUUGUGAUUUGUAAUAAUACAGCUUUUGAAAAGCAUCCAAGCAGUUUUAUUACCAAAAGCAAUAAGCGUUGAUAAGUUUACGCUGAGUCACUCUGUAAUGUCAUCUUGACUCAUCAUGGUUACAAACACGAAGAAGACCAGUGCAAUAUGGGGCGUGGAGUCCAAUCAGCUUCCAAUAUAAAAAGCCAAAUAGUGAGACAGGUUGGUUUACAGAACCAAACUGUUCAUCUUUGAUCAUGGCAGCGUUAAAGGCAUGCAGUGCUCUAGUGACAGGGGCAAACCGAGGCUUGGGUUUAGAAAUGGUCAAGCAACUCCUGGAGGCCCAUUGCUCAAACAUUUUUGCUGCAUGUCGUGACCCAGAUGGGCCAAACUCUGAGGCACUGAGAGAACUGGGCAAAAAGCAUCCAGGCGUUAUCUACCUUGUGAAGCUUGAUGUUGCUGAUCCAUGCAGUAUCAAAGAGUCUGCCAAAAAAGUGGGUUCUCUUCUCGGGAAGAAUGGUUUGAACCUGCUUGUGAACAAUGCCGCAGUGUUGCCACAAAAAACCAUGCUGACAACCACUGUUGAGGACAUGCAAAACACCUUCAACACCAACGUGAUAGGACCUUUAUUUGUCAUUAGGGAGUACCUGCCGUAUCUGCGUACAGCAGCUAAAGCCAAGAGCAAACCAGGGAUGUCAUGUGAUAAAGCAGCUGUGAUUAACAUCUCCACAGAUGCAGCAUCUAUGAGCAUCAUGCCAGUACUGAAAGAACCGUUCCCACUCUUCCCAUACAGCAUCAGCAAGGCUGGUCUUAACAUGUUGACCAUAUAUACCGCAAGGGACUUGAAGGCAGAUGAGAUCCUCUGCAUUUCAAUUCACCCAGGAUGGGUGAGGACAGACAUGGGGGGAGAUAAGGCGCCCAUUGAUGCCAGAGAAAGUGUGGAGGGAGUGAUACGUGUCAUUGGCAGUCUUACUGAGAAGCAGCAUGGUGCAUUCCUAGACUACACUGGAAAAACAAUGCCCUGGUAAACCAGAAAAAAGUUAAUUAAAGGGCUGAUCCAAUUGACCUGUUUUACCUAUUAUAAAUAUAUAAUAUGUCAUUAAUGUUUGACAUGUUCAGCAUAAUUCUCGGUGUGUUCAAUACAAUAAAACAAACUAAACAAACAAUAUUUCAAUAUUGUGCCAUUUAUCUGAAAGCAAAAACGUUUUGUGCUGUAUAAUUGACCAUACAUAAAAAACAAAAUCACAACACAUAUUUAGCAUUUAAUGUUAAGUGUUUUCUGACAGUAUUUCUACACUACUACAUACACAUUGUGAAAAGAGCAAUACAUACAACUACUUUUCUGAUCAUUAGACAUUUCUUAUCAGUGACAUUUUCAAAUGUAAAUAUUAGUUAAAUAUCCAAACAUUUACUUUGGUAGACAACAAACUGUCCAUAAAACGUAACAUCAUGUGCUUCCAAUAAAAGA